AUGCGCCUCGCUUUUUUUCUGCUGUUGCUGAUCAAUGCUCGAUUGACUAUUGCUGGAUCGAGCAAUUCAUUAGACGAUUGCUAUACACUCGCUGCAAGAUUUGAUACAACAUGUGCUGUAAAUAUGACUGCAGUUCCACCUAUUCUUUCUACAACUGGAGUUAACGUGACAUGCACAAGUGGUUUUAGUAAUUCAACAUGCCCAGGCAAUUGGGAAAAUGGUACGUGUGCAUUUGCUCAUAAACUGUGUGUUACAUGCUCUGCCGAUGCUCCAGUUCGAAUUCGUGUACAAACUAAUGGCUUGCCACGAUUUUGUCCUAAUGCACCACAACCAAUAUCCGAACAAAAUAUUGAUUUUACUGUCAAUUUCAAUCCGGAUGUUAAUAUCAAUUCAUUAAAUUACAAUCCAACUAGUGCCGCAGAAUUGAAUGCAAUCGUUUGUAAUUUGAGUAGCCAAACGUUAGCUCCAUCAACAUCGAACCUAAUGAUAAACGGUGAUUCAUUGAACACUCUUGCUGCUGUUAGUAUUGACGGUGUACCCAUUUUGAAUGUCAACAGUGCCAACAAUACCGAUCCAUUCUAUCCUCCCGGCAACAUUUCAGUUGAAAUCGUCGAUACAUGCUUAGGUCAAUCAAAUCAGCAGAACAUGUACCAUUAUCACAUCGGAACGGCUUGUGCUUUAACAAAACCAAAUGGAAGCAUUGCGCAGUGUGCAAAUAGGCCAUCUUGCUUCACAAAUAUUGCAAACUACAGUAUCUCAUCAUUUGAUCAAUAUCGUACUUUGAUCGUGACAGGAAUAGCGAAAGAUGGCCACAUUAUUUACGGUCCUUAUGACACAACAGGCACCGAAGUGAGUAUGCUGAAUCUAGAAACUUAG